GAAGCUGGACAGUUUGGGGCUUUGGAGGAAGAGAAAUUGGCUGCUUGCUCUGGUACUUGCCUCAGAAUCCAUUUGGCUUCACCAGCUCCUCCAAUUUGGGGUUUUGAUUUGCCUGCUCAGUGCUUGGAUUGUCUGUGAGUGAAAUCCCGAGAAAGACUCCUGGCGACUGAGUUGUUGACAAUGGAGCCUCUGGAAUCAGUGACGUUUGAAGAUGUAGCAAUCAACUUCACCCAGGAAGAGUGGGCCCUGCUGGACACAUCCCAGAGAAACCUGUUCAGAAAUGUGAUGCUGGAGAACAUCAGUCAUUUGGUCUCCGUAGGGUAUCAGAUCAGCAAAUCAGAUGUGAUUUCCCAGCUCGAACAAGGAAAAGAGCUGUGGAGUGAAGCAACAGGAUGCCUCCAAGGCCAGAGUCCAGGCAGUGAAAGUCCACUUAGACAACAAGAAAUGAUAUUCAUGCAACAAGUCUACAGGAAGCACAUAUCUCUCACCAUGCCAAUGGUUUCUCACACACAAGGGGAUCCUGUUGGAUGGACUGAUUUGAGUGAUGAAUUUACUCCUAGAUCUUCACCUCAACAUUCACCAAUUCCCUUAAGAAGGAAAAGUACUGUCAGCAAACAGUGUGGAAAAUCACUUAGUCAAGGGUCAUUCCUUGACGGACAGGAUCACAUUCACACUAGAGCUAAAUCGUAUGAAUGUCCUCUAUGUGGGAAAGUCUUUAGUAGAUGCUCUACACUCAGCAGACACAAGAGGAUUCACACUGGAGAGAAACCAUAUAAAUGUCAUCUAUGUGGGAAAGUCUUCAAUCAAAGUUCCUCCUUGAAACAACAUGAGAAAACUCACACAGGAGAGAAGUGCUAUGAAUGUCAUCAGUGUGGGAAAGCCUUUCUUCAAAGCUCUGGCCUUAGUUCACACAAGAAAAUCCACACUGGAGAGAAACCACACAUAUGUCUUGAGUGUGGGAAGGCCUUCAGUCACAGUUCAGGGCUUAGUUCACACAUGAGAAUCCACACUGGAGAGAAACCACAUCUAUGCCUUCUGUGUGGGAAGGCCUUCAGUGAACAUGCUAAACUGAGAGAACAUGAGAGAACCCACACUGGAGAGAGGCCCUAUGAAUGUCAGCAGUGUGGGAAAUGCUUCAGUCGAGGCUCUUCCCUUAGACGACAUGAGGCAACUCAGCACUGGAGAGAUAGUCAGGAGGGCCCUCAGGAGACGUCCUGACCUGAGAUGACAUGGCGUCAUACGUGUGAGGAAUAUGGAUGGAACACCAGCAUAGCUUUAGCAUUUAACCACACCAAGGUUCACACCCACUAAAGAAACUCUGUCUGUAAUCAAUAUGGACGCUCCUUCAGGCAUCACACUGCUCAGUCCCGAAAGGCAGCACCUGUGGACGUGGAUCCAUAUGUGCCCCGUCUCUGUGGCAAAGCCUUUAGUCAUUGGCCUGACCUCAGGUAACUUAGCAGAACUCAUUCUGUAAAUACAAUAUGGGUGUUUUUAGCAACAGCUCCCAACUCUAAAGACCCUAGAGGACUUGAGCAGAGGAUAACCAACCCCUAGUUCUUCUUUGAUAAUUAUUGUUCAACACGAGCCAACUCCAGGUAGAGAACCACUAAGACUGUAAUGACUGUUAACAAACAUUCAGCUGAUCACCAGGCUUGAUGUGAAUGAGAAACUCAGUGAAAAAAAUAAACACUAAAACAAGAACAAAGAUGUAAACUCUUGAGAAAUACCCA